AAACAGCCCAUCACUCCGACCGGUGAGGAGUAUGAAAUGAGAUCAGGUUGCUGACCCCUUCAUGGAAGAGGCCAGCGAUGAAGGGCUUUUACUCGAAGCUGGAUUCCUCAUCUGUGGGCAUGGCUAUGCCCUUGAAUCUGGCGGUAGAGACAGAGAAAGCACAGGCCCUUCUCCAGACCUUCAGCACUGCCUCUCUGUUAGCCAGCGCAGGCCUGGGAGCUUUCUGUUUCCUUGCCGACCACUUUCUUACACUGCCCUUCAUCCAGCACCAUCUGUGGCUCAGGGCUGUGCUGGAUAACACGGUCCACAGUGUCAUUGGACUCUGGUCCUGGGCCAUUGUGAUUGGGAUGAAGAAGAAAAGUGACUUCUAUGAAGUCGUCCUGGCUGGGAUCCUGGCCUCUAUCAUUGACCUGGAUCACUUCUACAUGGCCGGAUCAGUGUCACUCAAAGCUGCUGUAAAUCUGCCCCACCGGACUCCACUGCACUGCUCCACCCUGAUCCCAGCGCUGUGCUUCUCCCUGCGCCUCCUCAUGUGGGCGUGCCGUCUCAAAGACUCCUGGUGCUCCCUGCCCUGGAUGCUCUUCAUCUCGCUGGCCUCGCACCACAUCCGUGAUGGGGUUCGUCACGGUCUCUGGGUCUGUCCAUUCGGCAACACAACACCCAUCUCUUACUGGCUGUAUGUCACCAUCACAGCCACUCUCCCUCACCUGUGCUCUGUGCUCAUGUAUCUGACUGGCACUAGAGACAUGAUCUCCACCAAACACGGAGUCGCAAUAGACGUCUGAUACUCUUUUUCGGAAGUCGUUGGAAACAUUUUGACUCAACUCUUCCCCGUCUAACAUGCUAUUUAAUCUAGCUUGUCAGAUAUUAGUCUGAAAUCAGGUUGUAUUGACUCUUUACUGUGAAUAUACUGUAUUUUAUAUGUAUGGUGUAUUUUAGGGCUGGGCGAUAUAGCUAUAAACAGCUAAAUACUGUAGAUGUAUGGGCGAUUCUCACCUUUCAAGAAAAUGCCAGAUUAAAUCAAUAAUAGUAAAAAAAAAAAAAGAUUAUUACAUUUUGCAUAAAUAAAUUGAAGCCUACAUUAUUUUCAGAACAAUUUGCAUUACUGUAAGGUGUCCUGACGUUUUACUAUUCCCAAUUUUUUUCAGUGAUUAUUCUCGUUACCGUACCAUAGUCGUCUUUUACCGUAUUGCAGGGAAAAAAAAUUGUUCUUCAAUUUGUUUUUUAAUUAAACAAAAAUGAAAGGGAGUACAACGGUGAUAUAUAGAUACUGUACACUGCAGUAAUGAUAACUGAGAGGUAAAAUGUGAAUAACUGUCAUGUAAUGGACAAAAUGUUAUCACAAUGGACAAAAUCUUAAUGGCCCCAAAAAUAGGCUUAAUUUUCUAUAUGCAAAAUAGAAUAUCUUAUUUGUUUCUAUUGAUUUUGUAGUAAAAUAGGACAAGGAUAUUUUCUUUUCCUGCUAAAAAAAAUAA